CAGACGUCCAGCGACCGGCGAUCCGAGCAGACGCACGAAGUAUUAAGCCUGUGGUAAAACCGUAAUGAGAUCCGAUUUCAAAAUGAAAACCCAAGUAGACUGAGCUAAGACUACAACGCAAGGAAAACAACUAUGCCAAUCGUCCGUAUAGAUCGGGGCUUCCUUGAUUGAACUCACAGUGUAAACCGCGAUCGUCCGUCCGGAUUUCGGCAACUAAGUAUUAUGCUCUCGCUGCUGCCGCACCACCCGCUCGUCUGCCGCUGCUGCCUGCUGGAGCAGCCGCCGCUCUACCACAGUCUCUAUGACGCCUCUAGCCAGCUGGCGGUGGAGCUGAAGGCCCUGGCUCCCGCCCUGCGCCUUGAGCACGGCGACAACCUCACCGAUGUGAUAUGCGACCUGUGCCUUCGUCGCCUGCACGACGCCCGCGACUUCCAGCGGCGGUGCGAGCACUCCGAACAGGUGCUACGCAUGCGGCACGAGCACUGGAAGCACACGGUGGCCGUGGGAGACGCCUUGGCCCUGGACGAUGUGCUUGAGUGCCUGGAGCGAGAAGUGGGCAGCCUGGAGGGACCGAUGUCUGUGCCUCUGCAAGCAAGUAAGCCGGUGGCCCAUGUGGCGCCCUUAAUGGAGACCGUUGAUUUUGAAAGCCUGGACUUCCAAGACAGCUCGCACAGUGAACAUGAUAUUCCCUCGUACUGGGAAUCGUCGGUAGAUUCGGGAAGCCUAAACACUCCGCAUCAUCAGCCGGAGACCGCCGAGCUCUUUGCAGUCGAGCCCCCAACGCCGCCGGAAUCAUCCGAAGAGCCGGCACCUGAUGCCGCAGAAAAGCCCAAGAUGCGGAGAGCCAGGCCGCGCCAGGAUAACGUCAAGCCCAAGGAGAGGAAGGCCUCUGGUGCCGUGCACCCGCGAUCCUUGCACCCGUGCCCCGAGUGCGAAAAGAAGUUCACUCGCAACUUUCAGCUGAAGCUGCACAUGACAGCCGUUCACGGCAUGGGCGAGAUGAGGUACCAGUGCGAGGAGUGCCGCAAGAACUUUGCCUCGCGGCACAGUCUUCGCUACCACGUGAAGUCGGUGCACUCAACGGAGCGUCCAUUCGGCUGCCAGCACUGCGACCGCCGCUUCAUCCUGCGCACGCAGCUGCUGUCCCACCUGCGCACCCACACCGGCGAAGCCAAGCCGCGCAUAUUCGAGUGCCAGCGCUGCUCGAAGAGCUGGCCCACCAAGUCCGACCUCCGCACCCAUAUGCGCUCCCACAACCCCAACAUGGAGCGGCCCUUCAAGUGCGAUCGCUGCUCGAAGGCCUUCUUCACUCGUGGCCACCUCAACUCCCACCUCCUGGUGCACACCGGCGAGAAGCCAUUCGCCUGUGAGUACUGUGACAAGUGCUACCAGAGCGUUGGCAACCUGAAUAACCACAUGGUGCGCCUGCACGCAGAUAUCAUUGAGGCCCAGUUAGAGGCGGAGGGCAUCGAGAGCUGAGGCCCACGCCCGCAUCCUAGGAAGAGGCUGCUCUAAGUAUUAGGGGUGCUGGAGGGACAAUUACACCGAGUCGACCACCUAUAACUUUAACAUUACAGUGAAUAUAUUUAUAUAAUAUAAUUUUGUGGCAUGACGCCACUUUCUUCGUAGUUACCCAAUUCAAGCUGUCGAAAUAUUCAUUCUGUUUUCUUAUUGAAUCAUUCAUUGAAGAAAAUGCCGAGUUAAGCAAAUGAAUGGUUUCUUGAUAUUCCAAAUACUAAUACUAAGCAGUGAGAUAAUCUACUCAUUACCACAUAUACAAUAAUUUAACAUUUUUUCUAUACAUUUAAAUAAAUAUAUUUUAGCUAGAAAAGGUUGGUUCUGAGUUUUU